UUUUGAGUUGCCGCAUGCGUGCCUGCCUGCCUGCCUGCCUGCCUGCCUUUCCUUUCUUUUUUCUCUCUUUUAUCUUAGUUUUUCAUUUCUUGACUUUACCAAAAAGCUGCCAAUUUCAUAACCUUAACCUUGUCUUGCAUUUAUUAUCACUCACAUAACAACCACACAACCACCCACUCGCUCACGCCCUCACGCCAAAAAAACAUCCCCCAACACCAGCAAUGAACCUCUUUCGGCUUGUCGCCGACCUCCUCCAUUUGGGGUCCAUUUUCAUUUUAAUUGCCAGAUUGAACCAGACAAAAUCAUGCUCUGGAAUCUCACUAAAGACCCAGGGCCUCUACCUCAUGGUCUUCGUCACCCGCUACCUGGACCUGUUCUUCUCCUUCGUGUCGGUUUACAACACGCUCAUGAAGAUAUUCUUCCUUGUCUCGGCGGGCUACAUUGUGUACCUUAUGACUGGCUCGCUGAAGACCACAUACGACAAGAACCUUGACUCGUUCCGCGUCGAGUUCCUUAUCGGCGGUGCUGCGCUCUUUGCUUUGCUGUUCCCACACAAGUACACCAUCCUUGAGGUGCUGUGGUCCUUCUCGAUCUACCUCGAGGCCGUGGCCAUCAUGCCCCAGCUGUUCCAGAUGACCCGCACUGGAGAGGCCGACAACAUCACCAGCCACUACAUAUUUGCCCUCGGCGGAUACCGCGCUCUGUACAUUGUCAACUGGAUCUACCGCUACUACUCCGAAGACAACUACUCCGAUUACAUUGCGUGGGUCUCAGGCGUUGUGCAGACUGUCCUCUACGCCGACUUCUUCUACAUCUACUUUACGCGUGUGCUCAAGGGAAAAGAGUUCAAGCUCCCCGUCUAGUUCUAAUAUUUUUUGUUUUGGCUUUGGCUUUGGCCUUGGCUUUGGCUUUGGCUUUAAACACCCUCAUUUUCA